UUCUUUUUAAGGAUGCCUCUGUAAAUUGCGAGUUCUCUUGGUGGGUACGGCUAUAUGAUCAAGCAAUUUAUUAAGUUCUAUAUCUCGAAAUCACGUGAUUUUUGUUAUGGUGGCCAAUUUGGUAAUUGUGCUGGAAUCCUUAACGCGAGCGAAUGCUGUUUGUUCCACAGAUUCAAAGAACUGUUUGAUAUGAGUGAACCACCUCAGAAGAAAAGAAAAACCAUCUUAGAUUUUUUCCGCAGAAAAGAAAAAGGUAAAAAAGAGACAGGUACAAACAUGGAGGAUAAGAAGCCACCUGCUCAAACUCACAGUACAUCCCAAUCUGUCACCUCAGAGUCUGGGAAAAACAAGGCCACCUUGUCUGAUAAAAGUUCUACUGGAUUCAGUAAUAGUGACACAGAUCAUUUAAGUAGUAUCAAGAAAGCCCAGACUCCUGUUGGCCCCCUAAGCACACCAGUUACGGCAGCAUCAAAAGCUGGAACCUUGGAUGCAGGCACCUCAAUAGCGGCAACAUCAAAAGCUGGAACCUUGGAUGCAGGCACCUCAAUAGCCGGGACCUCUGUGUUAGGAGGAACCUCAGUUAAACCUGGCACCAAUCGGUCAGACUCCCAGACCAGUGACUACAGCGAUGGAGACCCUACACAGGAGUACUCCCCAGAUCUGUUUGAUUCAGAACCAAAUGAGACAGAUCCUGAUAUACCUGACCACAAACCGAGUCAGAAAAGGGACAGUAGUUUAUGGAAGGGGAAGUCGCUAGCCAGCUUGAACAGAAAACCUGACUGCAUGAAUCCUCUGCCUGCACUGAGAACCCAUGCAGACCACGUAGUCUUGUUUAAAGUCCCUUACAACUACAAUACUAAGUACCCACCAAAACCACAUCCAGACCAGUAUGUAGAUAAAUGGGACAGUUAUCAUGUACGAAUGCCUUGCUCAAACCAGAGUGAAUUUCCAUGGAACAAUAAGAUAAGAAGGAGGUGGGAAAUAAUAGAGAAUGCCUUGAGGAGACCAAUACCUGGACCAAUGGAAUUAUCAGAAUCUAUCUGUAAAUACAACACGAGGCUGUCUGAGAAGAACUUCCAAAUGCUGUAUCACUUCUGUUUAGAUGAAAUGGAAAAUUCAGAAAGGAGACACUUUUUUGAAGACAUCUUACCAAAAAUGAUAAAGCUGGCUCUUAACUUACCAAAUCUGAUCACUCAGCCCAUUCCUUUACUAAAGAGAGAGAAAAAUAAAAGCAUUACCAUGUCUCAGGAACAAAUUGCAUGUCUGCUGGCCAAUGCAUUUUUCUGCACUUUUCCAAGAAGAAAUGCACGUGGAAAAUCAUCUGAAUAUUUCAAUUAUCCAACAAUCAAUUUUAGCAGUUUGUACGAUGGAAAUCCUCAUUACCAAACAUUAAAAUUAGAGAAGUUGAAGUGUAUCUUCCAUUACUUUAAAAGAGUAACCACAAAGAUGCCGACAGGAGUAGUGACCUUCAAGCGACAGUGUGUGGAACAUUUCCCAAAAUGGCAAAGUCUGGAGACAAAACUAACUGACAUCCAUGUGUCAGCAGAGGGAACCAUUGAAGACGAUGGAGAUGGACUCUUACAGGUUGACUUUGCCAACAAGUACAUGGGGGGAGGAGUGCUAGGUAUGGGGGCGGUACAGGAGGAGAUCCGAUUCCUUAUAUGUCCAGAGAUGAUCGUAACACGACUUUUUACAGAAUGUCUGGAAAAAAAUGAAAGUAUUCUGAUGAUGGGUUGUGAAAGAUUCAGUAACUAUACAGGAUAUGCGGGAAAAUUUAAAUGGUCCAGUGAUUUUGUGGAUAAAACAGUUAGGGAUGACUGGGGACGAUUGUGCACUGAUGUUGUAGCUAUAGAUGCCUUGAUAAUCAGAGAACACAGUCACCAAUUCAAGAUUGGCUCAGUCAUCAGAGAACUCAAUAAAGCAUAUAGUGGAUUUCAUGCACCCAGUCUCCGUGUCCCCCUUCCUGCAGUCUGCACAGGAAACUGGGGGUGUGGAGCUUUUGGGGGAGACAAAAGACUAAAAGCCCUGAUUCAAUUGAUGGCUGCUACCAUGGCCAAGAGAGAAGUUUGCUAUUACACAUUUGAUGACAAGUUGUUACGAGAUGAAUUGCAUGAUAUACAUACAUACCUCACAAAAACCAACAUUCUAGCAAUUGGAAAUAUCAUGACACUGAUUGAACAAUAUGGUAAGAAGAUUGCCGAGUCAAAAAAGACAAAGAAAUCAAUGAACCUGUUUCAGUACAUACCGCGAGUGUUUGACGGAACUCUCGAGAAUACAGACAGUGAACCAGACAGCCCGGCCGUUCAGCAGUCUGACAGUCUGGAAAUGCAAUAUGAACAUUGUAUGGCUGAUGAAGUCAUGAAGGAUGAACAGGCCAAUCAAGCUGGAAGUUCCAAAUUACAGAAAUCCGAAUCAAUUGACUAUAAAGCCAAUACUCCCUGACCUGGAAUUCUAACUUAUUUGUCAUACAUGAAGUAUAUGUGAAGUUACUCCUCUAUAAAUGAGACUACAAAGCAGACCUAUAAUUUUGCUGUAGUUGUAGACUUAGAUUAACUUCUUUUAUGAGGGCAGCAGUACUGAUUAAACCAUAGCCUAUGAAAACAAGCUCAUAGGAACCAGUUAAAUUAAAUACACUGUACUUUAGGUCAGGUAGAAUUAAUCUUUAGAUUCUCAUCUCCUGGAAUAAAAAUUUAAUUAAAAUAACAAAAAGUAUGUUAAAAUUUUGAGCAUUGUAUAAAAAGAAUAUCCAAACACCUUAGGUUGGGAAUCAAAAAAAUUAUUUUCUGUGGCCUUAAAAUUUGUUGUGUCCAAAAUGCACACUGUUUAAUUCAACAUCUUGGAAAAAUGAAUAUACAUGUAUUUAAAUGCUUUGAUAUAUUUUUUGCUUUAUUUAUUUUUUUCUAUUUAAUUACACAUAAUAUGAAUUAACUGCAUUAAGAUUUUUUUCUUAAUGUUUUCACAAUACACCGAAAGGUAUAUUCAAGAAUUUGCCUUUUUAGCUCACCUCAAGAAACUUUAGGGGAGCUUUUGUAAUACCCUUAGCAUCAGUGCCCCAGGUUAAAGUUUUUGGAGCAGAUUUCAAGUACUUCUAUGCCCUAUAUUAAUCUGGGAUGCGUGAAAGAUGCUUCUAGUAUGUUUUAUUAUACAGUAAAACUCGAUUAGUACGAACACGGAUAUAGCGAAUUCACAGAUAUAGAGUAUUUUUGAAUUCCCAGCGAAAUUCUUAAUAAAUCCUAGGAAAAUUUUAUGGUUAUAGCGAACUCUGAUAUAAAGAAUUUAAGGAUAUAACAAACUGAUUUUCUGUCCCGUAGAGGUUAAAAAUAAUGAAAAUUACAUCUUUUAUAACAAAUUUUCAAUAUCUUAAACUUCAAAAUAUUAAACUGACAUUACUUUUUAUAAGUAUUUAGAUUUAAAAUUUUAUUCCUCAGAAAUAUUUAGUACCCCAAGUAAAAUUUUUGUAUUUAAUACCUCCCAGAACAUAUUUGGUAGUCAUACUUGAAGGAAAAGAUGCAUAUUGCAAAUUCAUUAAGUACUUUAACAAAUUCAUUAUAUUGAUAUAAUGAAUUGUGGAUAUAACAAAGUAAAUUCACAGGUCCCUAGAACUUCGCUAUAACUGAGUUUUACUGUACCAGUCAAGGUUUCAAAUGCUGCAAUUUCAGCUAAAAAAUGACCAGGUUUAUGUUUUGGAGCAGGAUAAAAGUUUUCAAAGUUUUUGGAGCAGGUCCAUGUCCAAAAAACUUUAAGGCCUACCUGAACCAAACUUGCAUAGAAGAUGCAUCAAGGGAUGCACACUACCAGAGUUGCUUCAGAUGCUGGAUUUGACCUACAUUUUCCAUAUGAGUGACCAGGCAGAAAUUUUUGGAGCAGGUCCAUUACCAAGAAACUAUCGGGCCUAUCUGAACCAAACGUGCAAGGAUGAUGUAUCAAGGGAUGAAUACUCUCAAACUUGCUUCAGAUGCUGAAUUUGACAACAUUUUCUGAGUAACUAGUCUAAAGUUAGAUAUUAAGUCCAUUCCCAAGUAACUGGAAGCCCUAUCGGACCAAAAUUGCAUAAAUGUUGCAUCUAGGGAUGCACACUACUAGAUUAUUAGUUUAGAUUGGGACUUUGCCUUACUUAAAGACAACAUUUGUCGAGGUGAGCUCUGUAAUCUCUGAUUACCUAUGUUUUGCAACAUGAAAUAGAAAAUAAAGAGUGUAUUUUUUCGCCACCUAAUGUUAUUUUCAUGAAUAACUGAAAUGUCAUUAAAUUCUGGAAAUGAU